AUGACCAAUCCGGAGACUCAGAUUUUUGAAGACAAACUUGCACUUAUAAGAUGCCUCCCCGAACUAAACAGCCUUCGUGUGGCUGGUAAGCUGACCGACUGGACUAUAGAGUUGCAAGGCAAUGUCAGACUGUCUGCACACAGGGUCGUUUUUGCUUGCCGGCUGCCCUCACUGAGUGAUGCCCUGUGUGAAACCCCGAAGAAAGACCAGACUGUCCUGCUCAAAUGGCCGAAAAUUUCGUCCGAAGUGGCUACACCAUUCAUAAAUUACCUUUACACAGGCCAGCUAGAAAUUCGCGAAGCUAAUGCUGUCGCAACAAUUCGUAAUGCCUCAGAUAGAGGAGUGGGCGGUGACUUUUAUUGCCGCCAGACCGCCUGCGUGCAGCACAUCAAGGCUACCUUUGAGGCCUCAGUUGCUAGUUAUGUAAUCACCCAGUUGCCACCUGACGCUGUCCUGUCCCUGUUGCGCGCAGAUGACCUUCGGGUGGAGGCGUUUAUGAGGGAAGUGCGUUGGUAUCAAGUCGAUGUCAGGUUCCGAUACCGGAUGCAGGACUACGAUGAUAGGUUGUGGAAUACAAAUGUGGAAUGUUCUUAA